UCACAUUUUGGCCUCGAAGGGCUGCUGUAUUUGUUAGUUUGUGUUUGCUUCUUCUCCCUUUUGGUUUAACCUGGCAAAUCUGCAUGCAGCCGUCGUCACUGCGAUUCAAGCACACAGUCGGUGAGAAACUCAAAUUCAACAUAUUCUUUGCCAGUAGCUGCACGAAGCAUUGAGUAGCAUUAGUUUUGGGUGUAAGAGAAAGAAAAGGAAGAGGAGGCUGAGUUUUGUCUAAAAAGAAAUUAGAACUGUUGCAAUGACCAACAAAAAGCGAAAGAGACACAGCAAAAAUGAUGCAUCGAACAAUAACCAGAAAUCAACAAGUAACAAGGAGCAAAAGAUCACAUCACCUUCUACUACUAAGUCUACAAAGUCAAAUGGAUCUUCCAGCUUUCUCGAAAAGAUGCGAGCAAGGUUGUCUGGUGGUCACUUUAGGAUGAUUAACGAGAAGCUCUACACUUGCACCGGGAAGGAAGCACUUAAUUAUUUCCGGGAAGAUUCAUAUCUAUUUAACUUGUAUCACGAAGGGUACAAAACACAAAUGUCGAAUUGGCCAGAAAAACCAGUUAAUGUUAUUAUUAAGUGGCUGAAAAAACAGAACCCCUCUUUUGUUGUUGCUGAUUUUGGUUGCGGGGAAGCACUCAUUUCCAAAAGCGUGAAGAACACCGUCUUCUCUCUAGACCUUGUCUCCAACAAUCCCGAUGUAAUUGCUUGUGACAUGGCAAAUACUCCACUAGACUCUUCCUCUGCUGAUGUUGCUGUGUUUUGUCUUUCAUUGAUGGGAACCAACUAUCAAACUUACCUUGAAGAAGCAUACAGGGUGCUGAAGCCAGGGGGAUGGCUUUUGAUUGCAGAAGUAAAGAGCAGGUUUGAUCCAAAUAAUGGAGGAGCAGACCCAGAGAAGUUUUCAAAGGCUAUUUCCGAGCUAGGAUUUAGCUCUGUCAAAAGCGACGUAUCAAAUAAAAUGUUUAUUUUGUUUUACUUCACAAAAAAGGGAAAGCAAAAUUCUAAAAGGAAGGAAAUCGAAUGGCCAUCACUUAAACCUUGUUUGUACAAGCGUCGUUGAGAGUAGUACUAUUUUAUUUUAGAUUUUUA